AAUAAUAGUAAACACUAAAGAAAUACUAGUGUUCCGGCUGGAUGUUACCACAGGUUGCGUAACCGUGGGAUAUGUAAUUAAAACGAAAGUACGCGCCACUAAAUUAGCAAGUUUUCCAAAACAAGGCUAUCUGAAGUGUGCAGUGAGGUGAAAACAUGGCACCGUAUUCUUCGAUAUUAAAUAUCUCUGGUCUACGAAGGAUUGUUUCCGUACAAAGUUUCAGGGGCAUCUGGACUUCAUACGCAGUGCGAGCUGAUCAAGAACAUAACUUGGCUGCCCAGGAACCGCGAUCCGAAUCAUCUUCCAACGAAAGCGAUGCUGAAUAUGAAAACAGCAUCAGAUCAAAAAUUCUCAAUGCUGCUAUAGACUUUGUACCUGAUCUCGGCUGGAGCAAGCAGGCUAUCAGUGCUGGUGCCGAAUCAGUUGGUUACCCCGGAGUAAUUCAUGGCAUGUUUCCUAAUGGCGGAGCAGAUUUAGUUCAGCAUUUUUAUUCAAAGUGCAACAAAGAUCUGGCCGAGCAUCUCAAGUUCGAAGCGUUAGCUAUCAAAGAUGAUUCCUCGAAGGUGCGAAAGCCCUCGGUAGUCUAUGUGAAAGACGCUAUAGAGACAAGGCUCAGGAUGUUGAUUCCAUACAAGAAUACUUGGCCUCAAGCUAUGGGGCUAAUGGCGCUUCCGCCCAACGUUCCAACAGCGUUAGCAAAUCUGCUGACGCUGGUUGACGACAUUUGUUACCAUGCUGGGGACAGGUCUGUUGACUUUAAUUGGUACGCUCGCCGAAUAGCUCUAGCUGGAAUUUAUAAAACCACAGAACUGUACAUGCUACAAGAUAGCAGCACUGAUCACCAUCAAACUUGGAAGUUCCUGGAAAGACGAAUCGAAGAUGCAGCGCAACUUCACAGAGUUCUGUCGGCUGCGCCUGGCCCGCCAGAUUUAAACCAAGCAACAGAAGCUGUCAGUGCAGCAUUCGUUACGGCACGGAAUAUACUGGGGCUGAAUUGGAACAGGUAAGCCUUAUUUCCACAAGUUUUAGUAAAUACAAAGCGUGUAAUAUAUACUUAGCUAAUUGACGACAACAAUCAAAAUAAUUGUGGCAAGUAAUUAGUGAAGAUGGUACAAAUCUUUUGUAUAUUCGUCAUUCCGGAUUAUCGUUUCAUUAUUCAUCUUCCAGAGACCUUAUUUUGUUAGUAGAUUAACGCAUUCUCGACAGCAAAUUAUCACUUGAUAAAUGAGUUAUUUAAAACUCGACAAAGUUAAAUAAAUUGCAAUGAAAAUCUGUGAGCACGAGACAAGUAAUUGGAAAUGUAGCUUUUAUAUUUUGUUAUCAAUAUUCAGUAGUUAUGAUUUGUAAAAAUUACCGCAUCAUGUAACAACGCUAAACGGAGUAGGAAAAAACAAAUUUGUUACAGAAAAAUGAGUCUGUAAUAUUCACAAUAAAUAAUUUAAGCAUAAACUUUGUAGAUAACCUUUAUUUUACACAUAACAAAAAUGUACUUGAAGAAUGUAACAUUUCCGUACCAUAAACUUUUCCGAAACACUAACAUAUGAGUUUAUACCAUUAAAUUCGUUAUUAGAAUAGCAGUAAUGCAGCUAAUAAUCGUAACUUUGGAGAUAUGGCCGCAGCUUUAUUUCUUCUGAGAUAAAACUAGCUUACAUAAGCUAAUAAAACUUAAUAAGCUAUGCUUGCAUC